GCAGCCUGGUCGCGUUUCAUGGGCUGGCAUUUACUUGACACAUUCGACACUCUCCGAGCAGGGCCAUCGCAGAGACAGGACAGUGCCUCCUGACGAAACACUGAUUCAAAAUGGAUUCCUCACCUUCCCCAGUUAAACUGAUGUUAACACUUUUGAAGUCAACAGAAAUGCAGGUUGGCAUGGUAACCUUUAUUGCGUCAUUGCUAGCAAUGAAAGUGGUGAAAAAGUUUACCUCUGGCCGGAAACCCCCUCCUCCUGGUCCCUGGGGGUUCCCUAUUAUUGGACACCUCCCGCUACUGGGAAACGAACCCUACGUGACCUUCAUGAAGAUGAAGGAAAGGUUCGGAAACAUCUUCCAGAUCCAGUUGGGUAGUUGGUCGGCCGUGGUUAUAAAUGGCAAGCAGGCCAUUAAAGAAGCUCUACAUAACUCUGGUGAGGACUUCUCUGGUAGACCCCAGUUCAUGUCCGCACAGACUAUCAGCAACGGUGAAAGUAUUGGCUUUGGUGAGUAUGGCGAACAGUGGAAAAUUCACAGAAAAAUUGCCAACAAAGUCUUGACUGAGUUCUCGAAUGCCAAGUCAAAUCCUAUAGAAGAUAUGAUUCACGAAGAAGUAGACAUUCUCGUGGAUGACUUCAUGUCUGAGCAGAGAGUAACAUUCAACCCUCGGGAUUACAUCUACCUCUCCGUCGGUAGCGUCAUCUACCAACUGUGCUACGGCAGACAAGAAAACAUCCGGGAAGACAAGGAUUUCGCUGAUUUCAUAUUAAACUCAGCUGCAUUCGCGGAAUUCGUCAGUGCCGGAAACCCUGUUGAUGUCAUGCCCUGGCUCCGAUAUCUCAUGCCCUGGAAAGUGAAGGCAUUUACAACACUCAUCCAAACAAGCAUUGACGCAAAUGAAAAGAAGAUCAGUGAACACAAAAAAAACUUCUCUAGUGACAACAUGCGUGACAUCACGGACAGAUUGAUAUCUGUAAGUGAGGAAGACUCCAGGUUGUCCAAGGAAAGGAUUUUGUCUACGCUUAACGACCUCUUUGGGGCAGGUUUUGAGACAAUUGCUUCAACCACCAGGUGGAUGUUACUGCUGAUGGCCGCCAAUCCAAAAGUGCAGAGGCGGGUGCAGGAAGAACUGGACGACGUUGUGGGCAGCGGGAGACGACCCAGUAUCUUGGAUAGAGGUCAGCUGGUUUACACUGCCGCAGUGCUCAAUGAGAUCAACCGGUUUGUGGCACUGACACCUCUCAGUCUCCCUCACCUCACCACCACCGAUACCAGUCUCGGGGGAUACAGUAUCAACAAAAACACUGUUAUCUUCAUCAACCUGUACUCCAUGAGCCAUGACCCAGAAGUAUGGGGUGAUCCGCAUGUCUUCCGACCCGAGCGUUUCCUUGACGCUUCUGGUCAGAUCAACAAGUCCCUCCUGGAGGAGUUCCUUCCCUUCUCCACUGGUCGGCGGAAGUGUCUUGGGGAGUCUCUGGCUAGGAACGAACUUUUUCUUUUGUUCACUGGAAUCCUACAGAAGUGCAGCAUCUUGCAACCACCAGAAGUGAAGGAAUAUAGCAUGGACGCCAACAAUGGAUUAGCGCGCCAAUGUCUACCCUACCAAGUACAGGUCAAGCUCAGGACCUGAAUCGCCACUCAUUUAUUAUUCUUCUCAUGGAUAACAACCUGACAAAUUCAUGAACUGGCCAAGAACGAAAUCUUUCUUAUGUUCGCUGGAAUCCUACAGAAGUGCAGCAUCCUGUAACCUCAAGAUGUGAAGGAAUACAGCAUGGACGUCAUGGGUGGAACAACGCGCCCUGACUCGCCAUUCCUCACAUGGACAACACCCUGAGAAAAAUUCAUGAACUGGACAGGGCCACAGGACACAAGCCUUAAAAAACAAAAAUAAGUUUGGGAAGAGCAAUGUUAAUAUAUUGCCAUGUGUGUCAAAUGCCAGGACUCAAACAAUACACUGAAACACCCUGCACAGUGCUCAGUAGCCCAGUAGAUUCCCGCAUCAAAGACCAUCAGUCUCCAACAGCCAAAACAGACAGCAAAUCAGCCCUCUCAGACCACCAUCAAAGACUUCCUAGCCAUCACAUUCAGUUUGGCAAAGUCCAAAUCCUCUCAACCAAACCUUAGGACUUACUCCUUAUCUUAAUCCUUACUGUACACCUGGCUUCAUCACCCAGGUUUCAUUGCCUGUGUGCUAUUUGUUAUCCUCACUGUACACCUGGCUUCAUCACCCAGGUUUCAUUACCUGUGUGCUAUUUGUUAUCCUCACUGUACACCUGGCUUCAUCACCCAGGUUUCAUUACCUGUGUGC